GUGGAGUUGGUGGUAGUGGUGGUGGAAGUCACUGGAUAUACAUACAUAUAGAUAGACUAAGUUCGUAACGUGAAAGUCCAACAACAUUGUAUAGAUAAAAGUAUAAAAAUACCACAGAACAAAGUUGUUCAAAAUUUUAUAAAAUUAAAAUAAAAAAAUAUAGACGAUAUGUUCAUUGUAUCGAAAACCGAAAAAUAGUUUAUAAAAUUAAUGGAUUAAAAUAAAACUCAAUAAAGUCGACAAAACUCAAAACUGUGGCUUAUAUGAAGAUGAUUAUGGCAAUGAUUCGAUAAAAACCAACUGUAGACAUUGAUGGUGCAUACGAGUGUAACUUUAAUGUUUCAUCAAUGUUUAUGGUACCAUUUUAAGCCAAAGUAACUAAGAGAAGGAUAUAAAUAGCAAAUGGAUUCAAACAAAUUCUAUUGUCGUAAUACAACGCCUGUCACAUCAACAACAUCAUCAGUGACCUCAAAUGGAGUCGGUGCCACAGCAUCGCAGGAGUAUGUGUCUUGUGAUGCAAAUUUUACUGCGGCUGCGUUUAAUUGCCGGGAAUCUCUUUCUCGCGGUAACAAUAGUAGUGGAAAAUCUUCUCAAAACAACUUGCGAGUCAAUAACUGCAGUGCAGCAUACGGAAAUGCAAUCAGUAAUAGCGCAGUUAUGGCCGUAUCAACCGCUGGGUCUGUAGCUUCAAGUAUAAAUAGCAGCGCCCACUGCAACAGUUCUAAUGGAUCUGGAAACUAUAUAAAUGUAAUGUCAGUUCCAAUGGGAACAUUACAAUAUCAUCGAAGAAAAUUAACACCACAAGAAUAUCAAUCACGAUUGUAUCACAACACUGCCGAUUACAGAUGUCGAGAUGAUUUUUAUUCGGGCAGCAAUGGAACAUCUGGAGUUGGAGGAGGAAAUAGUGGUGUUACAGCUCGAAUUAGUACUGCAUCACCGUCACCCUCAUUGCAUUUACAGGGACAAGGGCAACAGAAUCAUCAACAACAGCAACAUAAUCAUCAAACACAACAUCAACAACAUCAUCACCACCAUCAUCAAAUGUCUCAGCAACAACCAUCCCAACAUCACUACCAUCAUUAUAAUCAGCAACAAACAAAUUCUGGGUCUACUAUCCAACAACUUCAGCAGCAGCAUCAACAAAAUAAUAAUAGUUGCAGCCCCACUUCGGUCACAGAACCCGGUGACAAUACAUUGAAUUGCAGUUUAUCUUUAGGAAAUGGACGUAUGGUAGCGGCGACGCAAACGCAUCUAAAUAGCAGCUCUGACCAAGUGGGAGCGUCGUCAUCAUUGGCAAUUAGCACACUGCCGUCUCAAGUACCACCAAUAAUGUACACAGUACAUCGAGUGGUGACCACGGCACAAAUACAAACAGCAGGUGGCAACACAUUUACAUCAUCGUCUAGUGUCUCUAGCGUAGUUAGCGCAGUGCGAAAUGAAACUGAUAGUAUGGGAAAUGUUUUAACGCCGGUAUCCACUUCGUCAAAUGCAGGAUGCUUUGUUGCCGGUGAUAUUACUGGUUGCACUGCUAGUAUUGUUGCCGAUGGAAAUAUGAACUCCAAUGUCACGUCUGGUCAAACACAUUUGCAUUAUUCACCAGGCCUCAGUACAAAUGCAACCAACUAUUUGACAAGUCAAUCUAAGGCAGCUGGAUCAACAGAAGCAUCUCGGACAGCAAAUGUGCCGCUGGGAAAUGCUCCAACAACGUCAACUAGCAGUUCUACAAACGGUGUCAAAACUACAUCUUCUAUUUCUAGACCUCUUCAAAAUGUGAUACCAACCUGUGUGUAUUUAAUGUCACGUGUUGCUGUGCAUAUGGAAAUUGAGGGAACAGCUCAAUGUCCAUCUCAGGUGAUGCUAGCUGCUGCUCUUGGCUGUGAAGAAUUGGGAAUAGCAAAUAAAUUAUUGGCACAAAGUAUUUUUGGUCUGUGGAUGACAAGUGCGCUUCUUGAAAUUCAACUUAAAUCGCAUCAUCGACCUUAUGUUGUACGAGUAGCAUGGCCUAAUUUACUGGAAAAGUUUAGUCAUGGAAAUCCAAUUGAAAAGAAGUAUGACGAACCUAUGAUUAUGUUGAAACGAAAUGUUUUUUUCUCAAAGCGAGAUGAGGAAAAAAUAAAAGAUCAUCGAAUACUAGAAUUGUUAUAUGAAGAAGCAAAACAUAAUGUAUUAUCUGGACGAUAUAUAAUGGAGUCUGUACAUUCGUUAAUGUUGGGAGGUAUACAAGCUCGCAUCGAAUUGGGUCCCUUUAAUUCACAUACUCAUACGGUUAGUUUUUUUAGAGAAAAUCAAACAAGAUUUUUGCCUCAGCAUGUUGCCAAAAAUUCAAGUUGGUCAUGGCUUCCCGUAAGUCGGAAAAAUUCUGCCGAAGUUCGCCUCUUAGAACAGUUCAAACGUGUGCCACAGACUGCAACUACUCGUAAAUUAAUGCGCAAAUAUUUGGAAUUUUGUUGGGCUCUUCCUUUUUAUGGAGCUGCCUUCUUCCAUGGGCAGGUAGAGCAACCUGUACGUGGUCUAAUGAGUUUAGUAAAUCAUAAGGACGUUGAAGUAUUAAUUGCCGUUAAUGAACGUGGAGUUUUUAUCAUUGAUCCCGCGGAAUGUACUCUGUUUCUCGGAUUACGAUAUGAGGAUUUAUCAUGGGAUUUUGCUAAGCCCAGUGCCACCGACGAUCCAGAAUGUCAAACAUGCAUAUUUCUUCAGUUUGAUGCUGUGGAAAAUGGAAUACAAAUAUCAAAAUUAAUGCAAAUAUUCUCUAAGCAAGCGCCAAUGAUUGAUGCCUUAAUAUCUCACUUUGCAGAAAACAUGAGAAAACGAAAAUUAGAGGGAAAUACAUCAGACCAAUUUCAUGAUGAACCGAAUCCAAUACAAAAUAACGGCAAUGGAGUGCUAUGUAAUAAGCUAUCACGUCUAACAUUGGCCACGUUUGAUGAAGAGGGACGAUGCAUUGGACAAAUGGGAUCAUUAUCGAUAAGCUAUUAACAAUUGUUUUAUUUUUGAUUAUCAUUUUUUGUAAUAUAUAAAAUAGAAAUUAAUGUAAAUCAGAUUUACUUAAAAAUAAUGAAAUCUAUGUAACUGGAAUAUCAGGUGCAUUUUCUAUCCUUUCAUGGAUUGAAGUUAAACAUGUUAGUUUUUAAUUUUUUGAUAUUUAGAAGUAAAUAAUCUUAGCAUUCUGAUUUUAAUUUGCUUUAAUAUAUUGCAGUGAGUUCACAUCAAAAUGCAGUGUGUCAUAGAAAAAUUAGAAAUUUAUGUUUGAAACAUUAAGAAACAUACAUACAUAUGCUUAAAAUUCAUUUUAGUCCUAAAGAUUCCUGUAAAUUUUUAAAUUAGAAAUGUAGUGAUGCACAACUAUGUAUAUCACUGCAGUUUAACAGGAUGAUUACAACUAGAACAACAACAGCUGUCGACAAAGAGUUUUAUUAUUUUAAACUUAUAUGUACGUAUGUAUAUUUUUAUGUCCACCAUGAAAAAAGAAUAUAUAUGUAUAUUCUGGGUCCUUUACCAAUUUUUAUGAGGAUCGGCUCAUAAAUUACCCUACCUACCCUAUAUGAGGUCGUCUUCAAAAACUGACUUCUACGCCCAUUUCAAACUUAAAAAUACCAAUAAGUUUUAUACGAGAUAAAUUCUCUCUACCAAAUUUUAUGAGGAUCGGUCCAAAAUUUACCCAAUCCCCCAUAUAAGGCCCACACCAGAAAAUUACUUUAAAGCUAAUUACUUUAAUACAAAUGUGAGUGCAGUGAUGAUAUUCGAUAUAAACAAAUCUUAUAUGAACCAAAAAAUCACCCUGAUGCUUAUAGAGGAGCAUUCCUUUUAAGGUAGACUAUUUAAUGGUGGAUAUAUAAAAUUCGUCAUAGCUGAAUGUAUCAUGAAUGACUAAGUCCAAAGUUAUAUGCAUUCCAUUUAAAACAAAUAAAAAUAGAGAUUUUUUGCCAUUUUUAAAAAUUAUGACUGGGUUCAAAGUUAUAUGCAUU